AUGUCUACAACCAGAGGCAACGCAGAGGUCAUCGCGAAGAAAGGCGAUGUCAUACUCCAGCUAGGGAAAGACGGGGUCGGAGAGGGUGUUCGAAACGUCCUUGUCGCAUCCGUGGCUCUUAGCCUCGCUUCACCUGUCUUUGCAGCUAUGUUUGACGGUCGCUUCUCCGAAGGCCAGAAUCUCUCGCCAGCUUCACCACGUACAGUCCCGCUUCCGGAUGACGAUCCUGAGUCCAUCAUCAUGAUCUGCAAGAUCGCACACAUCCAGACAUCGCAGCUUCCCGUCAAAACCACCGCCAUGGCAGUGUCCAAACUCGCGCUCGCAUGUAACAAGUACAACUGCGUGGAUGGGGUCAGAUCAUGGGCUAUCAUCUGGAUCGCCGCCCUUCUUGGAGAUCCCGAAGCUGCGGACUUCGAGAAAAUGCUUCUUGCUACACAUCUCCUCGAGUUGCCGGGUGAAUUCUCCAGGGUUUCUCAGAGAUUGGUGCGAGGUCAAACCGCGAUCUUCAGCGUCACAAAAGCUAUGGACGGUCACGAGUUCUUACCUUUGCUUGUAUAUGAGCAUGUACUGUUUUGCCAGAUGAGUUAUCAGAGGGAUAUCAUUACGGCAUUUGCUUCGAUUGUCACAGGAAAUGAGUUCUGCCAGGCGACCAAACUGGCCAUCAGUACUUUCCUUCGAGACCUCAAGCGCGUCGGUCUAUGGCCCAUCAAUCAGUACUCAGUCCCGAUCAUCAAGUCCAGACUUGAAGCCGUGCACUACCUCAACCUGUGUCUGUAA